AUGGCUGGCUUACAACUCUCGUUCACGGAGACAGGGCAUGGACAAGCAAAUAGCGAUAUUUUUGGGAAGACCCCACGUGUCAGCUGGCGAUAUUGUAACUUCUCAUUGCCUCUGGGUCUAGAUUUCGAGGAACUGAACGCGGAGCCUGGUGUCCUUGAUGCUUCACUCAGUAAACUUGACUCAAAUGGUUGGGAUACCACUGGCUCAAAUGGGCUACUCAUGCGUGCGGUCCUAUUAAUGAGCCCCGUGCGGAAGAGUAUCCUGGGGUUAUCACUUAGCCAGCAGGCUGAAGAUUUCGAGGGGAAAAUUGAGUAA